AUGCCAUGGCUGAUGUUUGUACCAACGUUCAUUGCCUUUUUCUUGCUGAACUACCUAGCGUGCUGCACCACUGUCAAUGCGGACGGCACCGACCUCGUCAUGCCACCGAACAUCGCCGCCACUGAGGCGGAAAGGGCCGCGAGUUACCGCACGCAGCCGGACGAGUACUCAUUCAACGCGCAGCUGUUCCUGGAGGACACGGUGAUGCGCAGGCUCUUCCGCAUGUGCCGCGGCAUUGGCGGCAUGAGUACGAUCCGUACGGUGUGUUCACUCGCGUGGCUGGUGCAUUGCAUGGAGAUAGGCAUUGCCUUCAGGAUCUGCGUGUCGUGCAACGCGGCACCGCACGUGUUCUUCUUUUACGUCCUCAUCACGGCUCUCGGCGGCGUCACGCAGCUCGCCCCGCUAGUGAAUGCCCGGGACGAGUACGUAUCAAUGCAGGAAACCAGCACGAAGAGUACCAACACUGUCAAGAAGAAGAAGUGA